GGGUUUAAGGAGUCUCUCUGCGGAGAUCAUCCAUGGCGUCUCUAACUAAAAUGGACUGCCGUCACCAACCCCUCAAUCUCUCGCUCAACCACCGCAGUCUUUCAUUUCCGAAACCCCUUUUCUCUUCUGUAUCCUGCAGAGCUGUACGCCCAUCCUCACCAUUAUCUCCAUUCAAAUUAUGCAUCACCAGAGCCUCAUCCUCUUCACCGCCGUCCCCCUCAGGGUGUCUCCACCGAGUCCCUCAAACGCCCAAACCUUCCCUUCUCCAAACUGUAACCACCAUCUUGAAAACCACCUGCAUCGCCGUAAUGGCUACCGCUUUGUUCUUUAUUCGGCUCAACCACCACAAAACUGCGAUUGCCGCCCCAGUUACGACAGAAGCAACGGUGGAGCCCCUCACCAAAGAAACAACGGACAGUGAUGUUUCUCUCGACGAGCAAGAGAGGACCUUGGAUGAGUACUUAACUCGAUACCCAGAUGAUAUCAAGGCUCUACGGUCCCUCAUGGAGAUUAAGAUCAAAUUGGGCAAGCUCCAAGAAGCGAUUGAAUUAAUCAAUCGUAUGAUUGAGCUCGAGCCGGAGGAAACUGAAUGGCAAAUGUUGAAAGCACAAAUUCGUAGCUUUAGUGGGGAUUGCGAGUUGGCAAAGGAGGAGUUUGAGGAAAUAUUGAAGAAAGACCCUUUUCGUGUGGAGGCCUAUCAUGGCCUUGUCAUGGCUUAUUCAGACUCGGGGCAAGAAUUAAAGGAGUUGGAGAAGAGGAUUACUGAGGCAAUGGAGAAGUGCAAGAAGGAGAAGCAUACCAAAGCUCUUAGGGAUUUUAAUCUAUUGAUUGCACAGAUACGAUUAAUUGAAGAUGAACACUUUGAAGCUUUGAAGAUUUAUCAGGAGCUCGUUAAGGAGGAGCCAAGGGAUUUUAGGCCAUACCUGUGUAUGGGCAUUAUAUAUACAUUGUUGAAGAAGAAAGAUGAGGCAGAUAAAAAUUUUAACAAGUUCAGAAAUCUUGUUCCCAGUAAUCACCCUUAUAGGCAGUAUUUCAAUGAUAAUAUGUUUGCAAUGAAGCUUUUUGCAGAAAAAGCAGAGAGAGAGGCAGCAGAGGCGAGCUGAGUAAAUAGCUGGUGGUGAAGAUAGGUGGAUGAGCUUUUGUUUUUCUUUGUUAAUUGUCUCUUACUUUUGUUUUUCUAUCUUUCUUUGCAAUACAUUGGUGAUUAGUUUAUAAUUAAAGAGUGUAGGUAUUUAAUACUAUAUCAUGCUCAAAAGAGGCUGAGUUAAUGAGUAA